AUAUUUCUUACAACAUGAGCCACUGCGGCAACUAUUACAGAGGCCUGGGCUAUGGCUAUGGAGGCUUUGGUGGCCUGGGCUAUGGCUAUGGCUGUGGAUGUGGCAACUUCCGCAGACUGGGCUAUGGCUGUGGCUUUGGAGGUUAUGGAUUCGGCUAUUGCCCAUUCCGCUAUGGAGGAUGUGGAUUCUCUAGUUUCUACUGA